AAUAAUUAUAUUCAUCUAAUAUCUAAUAAUAAAAGUAAUAUCUAAUAAUAAAAGUAAUAUAACCAUAAACAUUAUAAUUUACUUUAUAGGUAGUUAUUAGUUAAUAAUAUUACAUUAAUACCUUGACAUUCAAUCGGAUUCGAUGCAUUGUUAUAAAAUAUAAAUCAAAUUCAAAAAUCAGACGAAUAUUUUUUUGUAUUGCAUGGUAUUAAUUCUAUCAAACUUCAAAGUGGUCAAUUGACGGACGGACGACACGGUUUUCGAUUAUAAAUUUAUAAAGAAGUAGUAAUCUACUAACUUCUGAUUGUAUUGCAUGUCUGCGUCUCCAAAUAUAUUGGCAUUAGCUCAAUCAUGAAUGAUUAUUCUAUUGAACCAGUAGUUAAUUCAGAAUUGUACGAAGUUGAAGAAAUUAGACAUUUAUAUGAUCUUUUUGAUGUUAUAAGUGUUUAUAAAGUACAAAAUCCACUGCUUUGGGGCUUAUACUCAUUAAGAAAAAAUGAAAUGGAAGUAAAUAAUAAAAAUAUAACGGUAAAUGAAUGGCUUUUAUAUCACGUUACAGCCACUAAAAAUGUUCAAUCAAUAGCUGAAAAUAAUUUAGACUGGCGUUUCACAAGUCGUUGUCGAUAUGGAAAAGGUGUAUGUUUUUCAUAUUGUCCUUUGUAUGCCAACAAAUAUGCAUCAUGUGCUCAAGGAUCACUUUCUGCAAUAGACUACGAUGAAAAUGUAAUGCAAAUACUUAUUAAUAUGGGUUUUCCUAGAGAAGCAGUCAAACGAGCAUUAUUUUAUACUCAUAAUCAAGGUUUAGAAUGUGCAACCAAAUGGCUUAUGGACCAUAUUACUGACAAUAAUUUUGCUGAACCUUUUGUUCCAUCGAGGCAUGAUUUUAAUAGUGAAAUUUCAAUUGAGCGAGCAUUUAUAGUUUGUCGAGUUUUAGUUCAAAGAAUUAAAGAUGUCAGCGUCAAUUAUAAUUUAAAUGUUUUACCUAAUUUUUAUGAUACGGCUAAAUCAACAAAUGGUAUGGUUUAUGUAAAAUUUAAUGAUUAUGAAUUUUAUCCUGAAUACAUUGUGUAUUAUAGAGAACAUAAUUUAUCUCAAUAUGCUGAUCCAUAUUCAUGUAAUUUCAAUUAUAAAUAUGGUAUUGAUCAAUGAUACUAGUAUGUUAUAAAUUGACUAAUUUUAUAUUUAUUUCAUAUAAAUAAUUGUUAUCUAUUUAAUUUUAUCUGUAUUUUGACUUAUGCAUAUUAAUAGAAGAUUAACCUAUCAAAAACAAUAUAACUCGUGUAUCAAAAAUUCUUACUAUCAAUAUGAUGUAUUAAGUAAUUUAUUAAUUUAUACUGAAUAAUUAAUAUUAGUUAGUAAGUGAAUGUGUGAUUUAAAUUAAAUAAUAACAAAAUAAUAGUAAUAUAUUUUAAAAUACCUUAGAAA